CGGGACUCCAGCCCGUCACUGCAUGCAGCCUUCAGCAACUCGUUCACCAGAGCUGAACUUCAGCAGAGAUAGCAGCAAGCAGGCACCUCCUCGCCAGCAGGCUAACUCGCUUUCGGCUUUGGUUCGAGAUGCAGACUCGCAGCACCACGAGACGCUCCAGCAGCUCCAGCAGCUUUAAAGGUGGAUUGACUCUGUGGCUAAUUCUGUGGCUAGUGGUGGUGAAGUCGGGCGGGGUGUCAGCAUGCCCAAGGCUGUGCGUGUGUUACCCAACGCCCAUGACGGUCAGCUGCCAGUCCCAGAACCUCACCAUAGUGCCGGCCGGUGUGCCGUAUGACUCACAGCGUGUUUUCCUGCAGAACAACCGCAUCACAGAGCUGCGCGCAGACUCUUUUGGCUUCGAGACACAGGUGCUUUGGCUGUAUGGCAACAACAUCACGUGGGUCGAGGCCGGGGCCUUCAGUAACCUCAGGGUGCUGGAGGAGCUGGAUCUCGGCGAUAACCCGCUACAGCGGCUGGAAGGUGGUGCCUUCAGGGGCUUGGAGAAGCUGCAGAGCCUGCACAUGCAUCGCUGCAAGCUGGCCACUCUCCCCCAUGACCUCUUCCACAAGCUGUACAGCCUGCAGUUCCUUUACCUGCAGGAGAAUCAGCUCCACUUUCUGCAGGAUGACCUGUUCUCAGAUCUGGUCAACCUCAACCACCUCUUCCUGCAUGGCAACCGCAUCCGUGCCCUCUCUGAGAACGUGUUCAGAGGCCUGGUUAACCUGGACCGCCUCCUUAUCCAUGACAACCGCGUCAGGCAGGUCAACCGCCGGGCUUUCCGUGACCUGGGACGCCUGACCAUCCUUUACCUGUUCAACAACUCCCUGGCCGAGCUGCCAGAUCAGGCCAUGAAAGACACCCAAGGCAUCCAGUUCCUCCGCCUCAACGGGAACCCCUGGUCCUGCGGCUGCGAGGCUCUUCCCCUCUGGGAGUGGUUCCGCACGGCUCGCAUCUCCUCCUCUGAGCUCAUGUGCACCUCCCCGUCCCAGCGUCGCGGCCAGGACCUCAGGUUCCUCCGGGAGAUGGACUUCGCACUCUGCCCUAUGCCUGACCCCGGCUCUCUGGCGGGAACCACCACGACCACCUUCAGCACCAAGACCCGCUGGUGGUUCUCCAAGCACAAGCCCGCAUCUUCAUCCAAGGCCGCGUACCAGAAGAGCAGCGAGACGGUGAAGGCCUUCCCCUUCCCCGCCGGGAAGCCUGAAUACCUCCCCAAAAAACCCUCCGAAACCAUCUCCACCAAGUAUGAACUGUCGGAGGACGAGGCGGCGCUCCCCAAGCUGGACCAAGAAGAAUACUGGGCCAACUACGGCAACGAAGACUCCUCCAUCCGCUGCUUCGAGCUGGAGUGCCCCCCGGGCUAUGACAACCCAGCCUUCUCCUCGUCCUCCUCCUUACCCAGCACCUCAUCCCUCCUCCACCUCCUCUCCCUCUCCAUAGUCACAUGCUCCCUCCAUUUCCUUUUUGGCUGAACUCUUCUCUCCUUCACUCCUUCUUUUCCCUUCUGAUAUCUCCCCCCGCUCUUUCCAACUCUGAAAAGAAACCUGGAUCUUGAUUCCUUUCAGUUACCUCCUCAACUCGCAGGAGGUGCAACACUGACGCAGGAGACAGGCGAGGCAGCAGGGAGCUGUUUUAAAGAGCAGUUGAGUUGAUGUAGAGUAGGACAGGAUUUCACUGUUGAAGUAGCUGCUGCUUAUUAGUACAGGCUUUAAAAAAAGCAGGGAUCAGAUCACGGAAACUGACUCUGAUAGCGGCGGUACAAAGGCAGAAACCUGCAACAACACGAUGAAAUGAUAGAGACACAACACACAUCUGGUGUCUCCAGAUGUUUUUUGAUAUCACAGCUGUGAGCAACGCAGGCGUUGUGACUCGACUACAGCUAUUUUCUAUAUCAAGCGUUCACCAUCCACUCACCACGAACAUUGUCCAUCACUAAUUUCUUUCUUUCAUCAUUAAUAGAAGUGGUUAUUAAUGAUACCGGAAGUUGGAGAUAACGAGAGUCUUGGGAGGAAAGAAAAGAAAUAGAAAGAAUUGCAGGGCGAAGUUGAAAGAAAAAUCAAUACACCGUGAGCAGAGUGAGCUUAAGAUAUUCAUCUAAAGGCAGAGAAGGAUGAGAGGAUCAUUAGAACUGCAGCCAAGAGCGGCUCUCCUCUCUCCUUCAGAUUCUUGUGCAAUCCCAGAGAUGCCAGCAAACCACCACCACCACCCACACGUGUACAUACCACUCUUCAUCACUGUACAUACACGCAUCCUAAACGGCUCUGUAUUUUAGACUAGCUGGAUUUUUACCUUUCCUUUUUACUGUAGUACCAUUCGGUAAAUGACCGCUUGUGGUUUUAAAAGAGAUACUCAUUUUGUAAAUGAGAGGCAAACAAAUGAAAUGUAGAAACUCCUGUUUUCGUCCCUCGUGUUCUCCAGUCUUGUCUCUUCCUCUCUCAGACGACCUAAAAAUGUUCCAGAUUCAGAUUUUUUUUUGUGUGUGUGUUAUUCAGUUUUUGUUGUAGACUAAUAACCAAAGUCCCGAGAAGACCAGUUUGAUCAGGUCUCUUCUUCAAAUGAGUGUCUGUGUGUAUGUGCCUGUUUUUCCUUUAGAAAUAUGGCCUUUGUCUGUCUGUCUAUCUGGAUGUCCAAACUGACAGAUAACAAGGUUAAAACAACACCAGAGCUGAAUCCUUUACAGUCUUUUGUGUUGUAUUUAGCUCAGAUUGAAAGCUGAAAAACUCCUUUACGCACAGAUAAACUUACUAGCACCCAUGACUGUUUAAAAACUGCAUUGUUUACGAAAUGCACGGGAAUCUGGGUCUCGUUUCCACAUUUGGCAAAUCCAAGAAUUUCAUCUGAUUUCAGUGAUAUCUGUAGUGUAUGCUACUACAGACCACAAGGAGGACAAUCAAGCUGUCAUCCACUUUAUAAGAGAUAUUUUCUUACUCCACUGUGUGUUUUUAGAUACUGGGAAGUUCCUUGUUAACCCCAAAUGUUUUUGAGUCCAUACAAAUCUGUGAGUUUCUGCAUAGAACAUGAAGGAUACUGUGACGCUGGUAGAUUCUGUAUUUUUCAAUUGAAAAACUUGUUGAAAGUUGAAAAGUGUUUUGCUUUAUUAAUAAAAUAAACAAACAAUUAAACAAAA